AGACCAAGCAGACAUCACGCCCAGAGCGGUCACCUGCGGUUGGAGUGAAACGCGCUGUGGUGCUAGCGCGGACCGUCCGUGCUAUACGACCGCAUUCCGACCUUAAAUUACCACACAUAGGUAGUUAAUCACAUCCUCAACAUCUUCUCUAUGAUUUUGGCAUCACCUGCUCCGGCCGCGACCCCAGCGGCAGAAAAAGCAGCGGGCGCAGCACUCACGAGGGACAGCUCAACGACGGUACCUAAAGCGCCUGUAGCGGGGUCAUCUGAUGCUCAAAACGCUCCCAUUCCAGCCGCUGCGACACCUUGGGAAGUGAAAUCGGUUCAAGAAUGGGGAGGCUUAAGUGAUACAUCCAGCAAUUCCACGUCAGCAGGGAGCUCCGUAGCAGGCAGCGUGGGAAGUGUGGGGAACAGCCCACGCCCGCACCCACCCGUCGACGAGGAGGACCUGGCGUGCGCGUCUGAUCUCGAGAUGGCUGCGGCCGUUGUCCUCUCUCCCCCAACCCCCGGACAGCCCUCUCUUGCACCUUCUGCGGCUCCCCCUGGCCCUGUCUCUGCCCCCGCCGCGUGUACCGUCAAACGUGAGGCGUCGGAGGAGAUGGAAACCGAGGAUGCGGAGGCGGCGAGCAUCCUGUCCAAGGUGCUGCCGGACAUGCACAAACUGACCACCACCUUUGCGGACGCGCGCGGGAGCAUCCCCAAGAAAGCGUCAGUGCAGGGACACGGCGGAGGCAGCGACCGUGCGGCCUCCAUUGGAACCUCCCGCGAGGCCAUCGGCGAUGCAGGCAGGGGUUCGUCCCCCGGGAGCCGCAGGGGGGGCGCCAAGGGCUACGAGGACCUGUUGGAUUGCCUGGCCUCCUUGGCGUCCAAUCGCCCCCCUGUGGUGCCUGCGCACUGCCGGGCGUCUCGCAUGUCGGUAGACGACAUGGAUUUGGAGCAGCAUUGCCGUCGGCCAAACAAGGGCAGCCGGGGCCCGAGCCCUUUCUCCCCCUCUUUGCUGGCGGCGGCGAGGGGGAUGGAGGACUCGGACGAGGAGGAGGAGGAGGACGGGGAGGAAGCAGGGCGGUAUUACUAUGCAACGGGCGGGGCAGGCCUGGGCGGGGGGGGGCUGGACGGCAUGGAAGUGGGCCGGGGCCGGCGUCCCCGCGCCGCUUCGAACCCCGAGGGUUGUGACACUUGGCGCCGGUACGGGACCUCGGGAGUCCCCGUGGCGAUGGACAGGAAAGGCCUCGCCAAGGGUCAGCCCACGCAUGCAUCAGGAGCCGCGGUCCACGACAAGGCGGGCCCUGCCGCGGGCGGUAGCAUGAUUACCUUCCACGGCGGCCUCGCGAGCACUGCGGAUAGCUUAGCGUCAGAGGGCCAUGCGGCUGCUUCGACCCUGCAGGCCGGUGCUAGAGCGGCCGCCGCGGCGUCCGCUGCUGCCAGUGCUGCCGCUGCAGAAGCUGGGGCGGGGUCGGGUGCCGGGAGUAUUCUGCCGCACAUGUUGGCCAAGUACUCGGACGUUUACAACAAGCACGGACGGAUCGGGAUCUACACACGGGACGAGCGGGAUGCCAUCAUUGCUCGUUUUCGUGAAAAGCGCCAACGGCGCGUGUGGAAGAAGAAGAUCCGCUACUCGUGCCGCAAGAACUUGGCGGACAAGCGGGUGCGUGUGAAGGGACGCUUUGUCAAGCUGCCGCCCAAGGAGGCCGGGGAGGAGGAGGGGGGGGGGGCAUGUCCUGGUCGC